UCUGAAUGAUUUGACACCGCUGCUAACAAUUCUUAUAUUUCAGGGAAUUCAUUCAAAUAGUUUCGAAUUGAAACGUUCUGGCCGAGACAGGUGUGGGCUGUCGCACGGCCAUAAAGGGUUUACAGUGAACAGCAACUGGCAGAGUUGUCAUAUCCAUUAGACACGUGAGCUAGCUGCUUGUUAGUGAACGACGCGGGCAUUGCAUAGCACAUUUCAUUCAUUUUGGCUAACGCUAGCUCUGUAGUAGCGGUUCUACUUGCUCAUGUUAAGUAACUUCAAUUGUCGCUGCUGCAUUUGAGUCGCACAACUCAGCUACAGUGUCUCUUUGAGUUUCUGUUGAGUUAAAAGAUAACAGGAUAUCGUGUAUCCACCAUUAGCCGCUGUGCCGUCAGUUAACGUUAAUGCCAAUUGAAUUAACGCUAGGUUAGCAAGGUAACGUUAAUUUACACCAACUACUAUGGAUUAUGAACAUAAAGCGAAGGCAGUGGGUGACUGCUUGCUGGGUUACAAGACGGAUGAGUCUGGCUGGAAAGUCUGCAAGAAAUCGAAUGAUGUGGUUGUGUCUUGGCGUCCCUCAUCGGAGUUCCCAGGGAAUGUUUAUAAGGGGGAGGGGGUUGUCAGUGGCAGCCCAGAGAGAGUGUGGCAGUGUCUCAAACCAGUACCCAAUGGGCUCCGAGUCAAGUGGGACAAUAAUGUCAAAAAGUUUGAGCUUUUGGAACAAAUCACAGAGGACAUCUCUAUCUGCCGAACAGUCACGCCCUCAGCAGCUAUGGGUAUCAUAGCUCCACGAGACUUUGUAGAUGUUAUUUUAGUGAAGCAAUACGAAGAUGGCACCAUUUCAUCAAAUGCCACCAACGUGAGUCACCCGGGCUGUCCGCCCCAGUCUGGCUACGUGAGAGGACUUAACCAUCCAUGUGGUUGCAUCUGUGUCCCCAUCUCAGGAGAGCCCAACAAAACCCAGGUGUUCAGCUUCUUCCAGACGGACCUGGGUGGCUUCCUCCCUCGCUCCGUGGUCGACUCCUUCUUCCCCUCCAGCAUGGCUGAGUUCUACAGCAACCUGGCCAAGGCUGUCAAAUCUCUCAAGGACCUUUGACACUAAGAGUUGAGACAUGUACCUUCAAACCUGAGCCCUACUACUGGUCAGGUUUGUUGUAUUUUAAACAGUCCAAACUCAACAGCAAUCAGCACACUGAGAUCGCUGACUUCAAAUAGAACCAACCCACGAUUUUUGUUUCUACAUUCCUAUAGUCCUGUGUUGCUGCAGGAGGAAUCCAGUGAAUCUUCAACAGUCAACCCUCUUAUUGAAAGCAGUUCACGCACUGAGAUGUCCCAAAAUCAGAAUGAGGGCUUGCAUUUGACUAAACCUGCAUUUCAAACUCCAGUCUCUUUACAUCCCCAUCAGUGGGAUGAAUUCCUUUCCUUCAGUCUGAAGAAUGAAUAUAGAAGUAAUAAUCUAUAUUUGUACAUGUGUUUAAUGAUAGAACAUGUGUGCUUUUUACCACGCUGAUGAGACACCAGACAUUUCCUCUUCUUAUUAUCGCAUACUUCAGUGUGUACAGUAAGCAUGCAUGUUGCAUGGACCUUAUUUACCCUCUGCUGGUAUCAGGUUGUUGGUUUGGAGUUUUGGCUCAUACCUCACAUUUAGUUGUUUCUGUUGUACUUGAACUGCCAUUUGCUCAUCUCCUACUCACCUGUUAACCGUGAUUAUCUGCCUCUUUAAUCCGUCACACUGAAGCACAGGUGGGGGAAUAAGGUGUGUUUUAUGCUGCUCUAUUGAGCAGAAAAAAGUGUCUUCUUUUUUUCAUGGCAUCAGUUUGCAAGUACAUUUCCCUUUUUCUUUUUCUUCAUAUACAGUCCCUGAAACUCCUCAUGCAGAGUCAAGAUUAGAACCCUACCAGCUGACUAACUGGGCUCACAAAAGUGGUCACCAGCUGACACGAGAACUUUCAUAAUAAAAGGCAUGUGGUGUGGUCACAUGUUUUAAGAUACAAUAAGAUAAAACUGUUAUGUAAAAUAAUAACACUACACUAUAAGCUGCUUUUUUCAAGACAUCAGGCUGCUUUCAGUAGUUGUACUGUAAAAGUGAGUACUAUCACUAAGAUGAAACUAUUCCAAGGCAUAAUUAUGAGCAAUGCAAGGACUCAAGAUCAGACAGACAUAAGUCAAAAGUAACCUGGCAGAAAUGUAUUGGAAAUGUUGUAAAGAAGACUUGUUUAUUGUAUAGAGAUGUCUCAAUAAUAUCUGUGCUGCCCUCAGUAUAUGUGCUGUGAUACAUAUACACAAAAAUAAUCAUCUGCGAUCAUAAGUAACAAUAAAAAAAAUCAAUACAUACCAAUGAUGCUAUCAAAAGGCAUAAGAUGCAGGCAGACUCAACUGGAUUGGAAAACUACCGAAAACAGCGGCUCUGAGCCCACGCUCUUCCUUCACUUCCUGAUUAUAAGUCACCUGACAAGUUACAGGACACUUCCUGUUUCAAAAUAAAACGUAUAACAUACUGACUUAACAAUUGUAACAAAACACUCCCCGCCUGGCGUGAAUACAUGCCACUCAAUAAAUCCUAGACAGUUCACUUCACUGGGCCUCCGGGGGGAGAAGAAGCACUACCUCAGAGACAGGCCUAAGAAAGAGUUUAGUCACUCCUGUUCGUGUGACCUUGAUCUCGACCUUUCGCACCUUCCCGUCUUCGCUGGGGAAGGUCUGUGUUACCAGUCCAAGAGGCCAUUCAUUCCUUGGUACUUGGCUAUCCUUGAGGAGAACAACACUUCCUGGGUUGAUGUUCGGAUGAGUAGACUGCCACUUCUUGCGUGCCUGUAGUGUUGGGAGGAAUUGCUUUCGCCAUCUGUCCCAGAAGGUGUUAGACAGGUGCUGGACCUGCCGCCACUGGUGCUUGUAGAGGUCUGAAACUCCAAACUCUCCAGUAGGAGCAGAAAGGACAUUCACUUUUUGAGUGAGAAGAGCAGCUGGAGUGAGUAUAAAUGAGUCCUCAGAGUCAGUUGUCACAGGAACAAGAGGCCUGCCAUUUAUAAUGGCUGUCACUUCUGCCAUGAAAGUCACCAGCACCUCAUGGGUAAGUUUGUCCUUCAGCUGAAGGAACAUGGAGUCCAAGAUUCUCCUUGCAAGACCAAUCAUUCUUUCCCAUGUACCGCCAAAAUGAGAGGCGUGCGGAGGGUUAAAGGUCCAAGAGCAACCUUGGCCUGACAGGUAAGACUUCACAGUUGUGUUGUCAAUGUUUGAGGGCAUCUUCAACUGCUUGCAGGCACCAACAAAGUUGGUGCCACGGUCUGAGCGGAUGUGUUUGACAGGACCGCGCACAACAAGAAAGCGCCUUAGUGCGUUGAUGAAGCUGGAUGUGUCAAGGGACUCUAUGACUUCAAUAUGAACCGCUCGUACGCUCAUACACGUGAAGAUUACGGCCCAUCGUUUACUGUGUGAAUGGCCUCCUCUUGUUCUACGUGAAGAGACACUCCAAGGGCCGAACACAUCAAGCCCGACAUUUGUAAAAGGAGGUUCUGUCGAGAGACGAUCCGCUGGAAGACUGGCCAUCUUUUGAAUUGUAAGUGGGGCUCUAAGCCUUCUGCAGGUUAUACACUGGUGGAUGAUGUUGCUCACUUUUCUUUUUGCCACCAACUAUCCAAAAACCAGCUGUACGGACAGCCCCUUCUGUAAACAGACGGCCUUGGUGAUAGAUUUGUUCGUGGUGAUGCUUGAUGAGUAAGGUUGCAACCUGAUGUUUGCCAGGAAUAAUCACUGGAGUCUUUUCACUCUGAUCAAGGUUUGCAUUGUGGAGGCGGCCUCCGACUCUCAGAAGGCAGUGUGCAUCAAUGAAAGGAUCCAGAUUUUUGAGAGAACUACUUUUAGGAAUCUGCUCAUGUUUUUGGAUACAUUUGAUCUCUUGACUGUAGACUUCCUCCUGUACUGCUUGAAUGAUGAUGUGCGACACUUGAUCAGACUCAACAGUGUAUCCUGUUUUGCAGUGAUGCCAGCCCUUACAAGGGCUGUUCUUCAAGGUCAUGUUGAAAAGACGGGCUAUGUGUAUGAGGCGAAUAAUGGCCCGAGAUAGAGACUUCCAGGAUGAGAACUUCGAGAAUCGUUGAGAACCAAGCUGCUUGGAUGUUGUUGUAGUACUCAAAGUGGACACCAGAGGGCGAAUGUCUGGGUCUGAACCCGGGUCUACAAGCUCGUAGGUGCUCUUUGAGGCACUUGUCUCUGGUGUGUACAGAGAUUUGGGUCCACUCAGCCAGUUUGUGUCGUUCAAACGGCCUGCAGCGACAGAACGUGUAGCGUGGUCCGCAGGGUUCUGUUCUGUUGACACGUAGCGCCAUUGAUCUGGGUGAGAGGACCUUCGGAUACGUAAUACCCGGUUACUUACAUAUACAUAAAAGCGCCUGGUUUCAUUAGAAAUGUAGCCAAGGACUACCUUGCUGUCUGAGUGGAAGGUUGUUUCAUCGAGCUGAAGGUCUAGUUCUGCUAAGAUUAAGUCUGCUAACUCCACUCCAAGCACUGCUGCGCAAAGUUCCAGUCUUGGAAUUGUUUGCUCAGGACGGGGGGUCAGCUUGGCUUUGCCCAUUACAAAUCCCACAUGGUUAUUUCCAGCACAGUCAGUUACUUUUAGAUAUGCCACAGCGGCAAUAGCUUUCGUGGAUGCGUCAGAAAAGACGCACAAUUCCCUUCUGACAGCUGCUGGCGGCGAAGUUGUAGUGUAGGUUCUGGGAAUAGAAAGCUGGGACAGUUCUUUCAAAGAUGCUCUCCAAGAUGUCCAUGCUUCCUCCAUUUCUUGGGGCAAAGGCGAGUCCCAGUCACCUUUCUCAAUUGUGAGUUCUCUCAGAAUAGCCUUACCUUGUAUUGUGACUGGCGCUACAAACCCUAGAUGAUCAUAGAGGCUGUUGAUUGUGGACAAGAUACCCCGUCGAGUGUAGGGUUUUAUCUCCUCAGAGAUGCUGAAGUGGAAGCAGUCGGUCUGGAGGUCCCAAUUGAUUCCAAGGCUACGUUGCAUCGGCAGCGCAUCUGCACUGAGGUCCAGGUCUUUAAGGUCUUUUGCACGAUCUUCGGCCGGAAAGGCCUCCAUGACCUCCUUGUUGUUUGCUGCGAUCUUGUGCAGCCUUAAGUUUGAUUUGGAGAGAACUUCCUAUGUUUUUUUUCAGCAGGUUGACCGCAGCUUCGACUGUGGGCAGGGACUUCAACCCAUCGUCGACAUAGAAGUCACGCAUCACAAAACGUUGGACGUCAGGGUCGAUGUGGAGCUCACUGACCUGAACAGACUGGUGAAGUCCAUGAAUCGCUACUGCGGGUGAAGGACUAUUUCCAAAGACGUGGACCGUCAUUCGAUACUCCACAAUGUCUUUGGAGGGGUUGUUAUCUUGGAACCAUAGAAAACGAAGGAAGUUCCUAUCGUCUUCCCUUACUGAGAAACAAUAGAACAUCUGUUCUAUGUGUGUUGUAAAGGCGAUUGCUUCCUUUCUAAAGCGCAUCAGUACACCGAGCAGCGUGUUGUUCAGAUCAGGCCCAGUCAACAGCACGUCGUUGAGCGACACACCGUUGUACUGGGCGCUGGAAUCGAAGACCACUCGUAUUUGUUUUGGUUUUCUUGGAUGGUACACACCAAAUAUUGGCAAGUACCACUGUUGUUCAUCCUCACUGGGAAGAGGAGCUAACUCAGCGUGACCAUUCUUGAACAUCUUGUCCAUGAAAAUGAGAAAGUGGUCUCUCAUUUCAGGCUUCCUUUCAAAGUUGCGCCUGAGCGACUUGAGACGGUUCAAUGCUUGUGGCCUGUUAUUGGGGAGCCGUUGACAUGGGCAUUUAAAAGGUAAUGGAGCUACCCAACUGUUGUUUGCAUCUUUUGUUAGUCCUUCUUUCAUUAUUUUCAUGAAGGAGAUGUCUUGGAUAGACGGAGCAAUGUUGUUGUCGUCUUUGGUCUGCUUGAAUAUGUUAUGUCCUAAGCUGUCAACAUCACAGUUUGAUAUCUCCUCAGGAUGUGUUUGGAGGUGGUUUGUGGCCUGGGUGUCACUGUAUUUUUCCUUUACACAGAACACGUUAGGACACGGGUCAAAGAGAGUAGGGCGUCCCCGUUCCGUGGUGAUCGCGUAGAAGGCGCUGACUGUCGGUGGUUUGUGAACGCGACCUAAACAUACGUUACCCAUGAUGACCCAUCCCAGAUCCAACUUCUGAGCAUAAGGUAGGUUGUGUGGGCCAUUGACCUGUUUGCGGACCUUAUGGACUCUGAUAAUAUCCCGACCUAAGAGAAGCAUAAUUGGGGCCUGUGGGUCGAUAUCUGGGAUGAGGUGUGCAACUGACUUUAGGUGUGCGUGAUGAAAAGCUGCAUUGGGAGUUGGAAUCUCAUCUCUGUUAUUUGGAAUGUCAUCACAUUCUAUGAGGCUGGGUAGUGGGAUGCUGACGGUCCUAUCCAAAGAUUCCACAAUGUAGCCACUGGCCCUUCUUCCUGUCGCUUUCUUUACUCCAGCACAUGUUUUCAAUGAGUAAGGAGCACUUGGACUUUGGUCGUUGAAGACUUCAAAGAACUGUGAACGAACUAGUGAUCUGUUGCUCUGUUCGUCCAGAAUCACAUACAUCUUCACAGCUUUGUCAGCGUGGCCGGCUGGAUACACUUUCACGAGGGAUACUUUAGAGCAGGAUCGGUCCGUCACGUCUCCGCCACAGACAUCUGUACAUUUGGUGGUGACAUGGGGUUGUGGAGAGCUAUCCUCCUCCCCGCCAUGCUCUGGAGCCGAGUCCGUGCCUUCAACCCAGGGUGCAGGUCCAGGGUGAAGCGCUGUGUGAUGUUUCUCACUUUUACAUUCAUAACAUCGAACAUUAAAUGUGCAGUUCCUUGCAAUGUGUGAUGAUGAAGCACAGCAUUUGAAACAGACAGUAUUCUCUUUUAAGAAUGUCUUACGGUCUUCGAUGGGCUUUUCUCUGAAUGCACGGCAUUUGCGUAUAGGGUGAGGUUUUUUGUGGAUUGGACACAAUUUGUCACAGUCAUCGAAUUUCGUUGAGGGCUCCCUAGGAUCAGAGAUGGCUUUUGGAAAUAUCUCUGUUUUGUGAACAGAGACUUCUCGCUGUCUGUUUGGCUUCCAAGCUGUUUUUUCUGUCCUGGGAGACAUGUCUAAGUGAGAGACAAAGUUGAAACUUGGGUCAUUUUUGACAAUAGCUUCAUGGCUAACAAAGUUUACGAAGCAGGCAAAGGGGGGAUAUGAAACGUGAUAUUGCCGCUUGUAGGAUGCCCCAACUGACGCCCACUUUUCCUGCAGACCGAAGGGGAGCUUCAGUACAAUUGGGUUGACGCCUCUCUCUGUAUCGAGGAAAGAGAGGCCGGGCAGAUCUCCUUCAGCUUUGGCUGACUCUAGUUCCAUUAAAAGAUCACUCAACUUUGUUAGUUUAGAAUAAUCUCGGUGUGUUAUUUUUGGAAAGGCGUCGAUACGUUUGAACAGAGCGUCUUCUAUUACUUCUGCGGAGCCAUAAGUUUGUUCAAGUCUGUCCCAUAUCAUAAUCAAGCCUGCUGAUGGAUGAUUGAUGUGUAUUGCUCUUAUGUGCUCGACGUGUUCUGCUGACUCUUUGCCGAGCCACUUAAACAGGAGAUCCAUUUCUUCGCUUGGUGCCAGGUCCAAACCUCUGGUUGCGUUUUGAAAAGAGCGUUUCCAGGCUCUGUAGUUCUGAGGUCUGUCGUUGAAUUGAAGUAGGCCUGUUGCCACAAGCUCACGACGAGCAAAGUAUCUCACAAAGUCGCUAAUGUUGGAGUUGUUAUUAUCGGUGUUUGAAGAUCUAGGAUAAGAUUUAAGAGCAGGAUGACCUUUGUCGUUUUGAGGUUCAAGACCUUGCUCAGGAGUGGCAUUGUGAUUGUCAAACCGAACAUUGCGUGUCCUAUCGACCUUUUCAUCUUUGUAGAUGUAAGGCUGCUGUGAGGUGAGGCGAGUUGGUUGAGAAGCUGCAUUAUGGCCAUGUGCAUGAUGGGAAGCUAUAUUGGCUUGGGUCGGAUGGAAUGAGUUGGCUUCAGAUUUGAUAGAUGAAGCUGAAGUUUCAUAGUUAGGACUUGGCCUUCUUUUUGUUGCAACACCAUCAUCAAGUAGCUGAGCGUCUGCGUUUUGUGGUUCGGCUUGGUCAAUCACGUAUUGUUCUGUGCGUUGUGCAGCUUCCAAAGGACUGGAGUCCAAAUUUAACAUGAAACUAUGUCUUUCACUGUUUGCAUCUACCGCAGCUUCAAGGGUUUCGGCCUCAGCUACGGCUGCAGCUGUCUCUUUCUUGUAAUUGAGCAUUUCUAUUGAGGCUUCUAGCUUAGCUUUUUCUAGCUUUAGGCUCAUUUCCUCUUCGGCGUAGGACAUGCGUGCCUUUGCUGCCUCUGCUCUCGCUCUUGCUUUUGCUGCGGCAGACCCCGUUGAUGAUACGCUUGAGUAUGUAGUAGAACAUGUAGCGCGGGACCGCGUCUUUAAUGAAGUUGCUUUCUCGGACAUGGUGUUGUCUGGUGACGUACCUCUGUUUAGACACCGCUGUGAUGAUCAUCCACUGGCUGCGUGUGAUGACGUUGUUAGUAGCGUCUGUCAGCUGGCUGCGUUAUCUUGCCCACUAGAAAGCCAUUGUUUUACUGUGCUGCCCUCAGUAUAUGUGCUGUGAUACACCUUGGCAGUUAGACAAACUCCUUCCUGACAUCACGACUCUGAAGACAGUGCCCGUUGUCCACAGGUUUAAUGACGUAAGAAAGAGUAAAACUAAAACACACAAAAGGCAUAAUGAAUACAAAUAAAAUGAUUUCUCUUUAACCUUACACAUACACACAAUGUACAUAUACUGAUUCUUCAAUGAAAUACAUUGCUUUGUUUUUAAUCGCUGCUUUUUAUGUAUUUACUGCUGAUAUGAACUUUAACAACAGUCAUAGUGGAGUUACUAAUGACUCGAUGGACUUUGUGCAUAAAACUUCCCAAAUCUAAACAGUCACAAAAAUAAUCAUCUGCGAUCAUAAGUAACAAUAAAACAAAUCAAUACAUACCAAUGAUGCUAUCAAAAGGCAUAAGAUGCAGGCAGACUCAACUGGAUUGGAAAACUACUGAAAACAGAGGCUCUGAGCCCACACUCUUCCUUCACUUCCUGAUUAUAAGUCACCUGACAAGUUACAGGACACUUCCUGUUUCAAAAUAAAACGUAUAACAUACUGACUUAACAAUUGUAACAAAACAAUAUCAGAACCCUUUAGAUUGCAUUGAACAAACAGAUUUAUUAUAUUUUCAAGUGUGUUUGUGGGUAGUUUAGCGUACGUGAUGUAGAGACAAGUAUCUUUAUUGCUGUUAGUGAGCUUUUAUUUUGGUAGCGUGCAUUAAUCUUGUUGCUCUUGUCAUGUUUGGACCGUCAGGAAGAGCGCCAGUCUUUGUGGCAAAUUUGACGUAGUGGCCAACGGUGGAAUUCCAACUUCUGGGUCGAUCACGUGACGCCAUGGGGCCCAAAAAGACUUUUCCUCAGAUUUAGGCUGCAGUCGAAAAGCCCUUUUUGCUUAGGAAGGUUCCUAACUGAGUGAAAUGACCCGGAAGUAUCGAAGUGGCCGCUAUGAUAAGAGCUUUUUGAAUUCUCUAAAUGCUAAGGAAAGGUGCUUCAAUGCUUCCUGUAUUAGCUCCUUUAGCAUAGGAAACACUGGACCUUCCUGUACAAAAGGAAAGAAGAUGAUUCCGGCCCACAAUUCCUUGCGGCGGCAACAUUUAAAUUGACGCACCAUUCGGCCGUCCAUGAAAACAAACGAUGUGUUUAUCUUACACAGAUUUAACAAUUAUACUCAUACAGUCAUAAAGUAAUGGGAUUCAUGUUGAUGAAUAUGAACAGACAGUGACAAUCCUUUAGUUUAAUUUCAUAUGUAUUUAUUUACUUUGAACAUGUAACAAAUAAGUAAAACACAGAACACAAAAUAAAAUGAACAGUAAAUACAGAGAACUGUCGAACAAAUUCUCGUUCUCAAUAACAAGAAGCAUCAGUAAAUUCCAUAAAGGUCAAGGAGAAGUGGUUAGGAUAGAUGUUAGGAGCCUUACAUUGGAAAAGAGACACCUGUGACUCAGUGGAUAAUUGUCUUUGAGGUGAAUCAACAUCCCAGUAUGAACACUUGAUUGGCCCUUGUUUAAAUGAUUAGGUUCUAAUAGUUGUAAAAUGCACUUAACAGCUGAAUGCAGAGUGAUUUCCCUUCCUCUGUCCAUGUGAAUGAGCCUGCGGGCUGGGAGGCGGGGUUAAAGGAAACGCUAGUGCGCUUGUUCUAUGGGCCCAGUGAUGGAGGAGAUCUCUGAUAUAUGUAAUGUUCACUAAACUAGCUAGCAGUUAUGAAUGUUAUGAGGUUUCUCAACUCAGAUCCCAGUGGUGGAAAGCAGAAUUAUACUGACACGUAUCAUAAAGUACAAAUGAAUGCUGCUUCAGUUUUUUUACACGUAGAUUGUCAAAGACCAGGACCAGUACGGUAUCUAUCAGUCCAGUUCUUCUUCAGGCCAACUCACUGGCUACACAUUGUAGCUCAUGAUAGUUGUGUAUUGGGGAAAAAGAAAUGGGAGAAGUACUUGUGGAACUUGAAGUGGGAUUGUAUAUAAUGACGGUACUUCCACUAAGACAUGUAGUACCUGGACAGGAUCCACACUGACCAUUAGCUUGAUGUAAUCAUGUUGUCCUGUCAUUUAACGUGAGGACUUAUCUUCAGGUUUGACAGACAGGGUGAACUACUGCACACUAAAAUCAGAGCUUACAGCUCAAAUCAUGUCUGUAUUUAAUAACUAAACAAUAUAUAAGUUGCUAUUAUUUAUAAUCAUACAUAUGUACAAAAUAUACACAUGUAUGUUUUUUCACAACUGCCAGUAAGUUCUUCAGGUAUUCAGAAUAAAAUAGACCAUACAUGUACUGUAUUCAUUUGAAUCCUCACAGGCUAAGACACCAUGUAAGCCUUCCCUUCAUCCCCUCUUUAUUAAGGUUCCUUAACUUAUGAAAUAUAUGAAUAAAGACGUGUAUCUGAGCCGGGGAAGGCUAGAGGGAGGAUGUGGUUUGUGUAGUGAACUGUUGUAUGUCUACAGAGCCUUCAUGUGUAUGAUGAGCCACACAGAGUGACAUGUUGAAGUCUUUCUUUAGGAGUAUCAAGCUUCCUUUGAACAGGUUUUGGCACUCUACCUGUAACAUCUUGUUACCUCACAGUGGAGACGGUGAUGUUAAUGAAAGACCUCUUCAUUGCAUUCCACCUUUUCCAGGUCUUGUGUGCUUGAGAUGGCUCGUGGGUCCAAAGGCUUUUUCAUGUCUGUGUUUAUGAAAUGGAACAAGCGUGUUCUUUGUGUGAAAUGCUCUCGAUGUACAUACAGGUAGCUGCUGAAGUAGAAUCAACACAAAUGGAGCCGUUGGGAUCACCUGCUGGACAUCUGAGUUUGAACUGCCACCAAAAGGUUGUGA